AUGACGCAAUCUCGAGAAACAAGUGGCCUUGAGAAGGUCCUGGCAGCUCGCCUCGCGGAUCGGCAAGCACGGUCUCAGUUGCGGCGGUUGACUUCAUUUCCAUCGUCUACUGCUGACUUUUCCUCCAACUCAUACCUUUCUCUGCAGCUAGUACCUGAGCUGCGCCAGGCUUACAUCUCUUUACUCGAGAGGCAUGCGAGUUCAUCACCAACUGGGCCUCUAUUUGGAUCAGGUGGCUCCCGGCUGCUGGAUGGCAAUACUCCGUUCGCCGAGUCACUAGAAGCUCAGAUAGCCGCGUUUCACCAUGCUCCGGCCUCCCUGCUUUUCAAUUCGGGGUUCGAUGCAAAUGUGGGACUGUUUAGCUGCGUACCACAGCCGGGAGACAUCAUCGUGUACGACGAGCUCAUUCACGCCAGUGUCCACGAUGGCAUGAGAACGAGUCGUGCGGCACAGAGGAUUCCCUUCCGGCACAACACCGUAAUGAGCCGUGGAUGCGACAAAGAUCAAGGUCCAGGCAGUCUCGAACGCGUUAUCACAGAUCUGAUACAAGGCGAGAGGGGCGAGGCGAUAAAACGUGGUCGCAAUGCGGUUUUCGUAGCUGUGGAAGGGGUCUACAGCAUGGACGGAGAUAUUGCACCGCUAGAGCAAAUCAACAGCUGCGUUACACGCCUUCUCCCAGCUGGAAAUGGCCACAUAAUUGUCGACGAAGCGCAUUCUACAGGCCUCUUUGGCGAUCAGGGCCGUGGUCUUGUGUGCGAGUAUGGACUCGAGGACAGCGUAUUCGCGCGGGUCCACACGUUUGGGAAGGCCAUGGGCGCGUCAGGAGCUGCUGUACUAUGUACGCCUGUCGUUCGAGAGUACCUCAUCAACUACGCACGCACGUUGAUCUACACCACUGCCAUGCCACUGCCUGGCCUCGCUAGUAUCAAGGUAACUUACGACUUCUUGGCCAGCGGCAAGGCAGACGUGCUCCGCGCUAACCUGCGCAACAUUGUUACGCGCGCCCAUGAACUGCUGCUCGCAAUCUGCACGCGCCAUAAGACGGCCCCCGAGCUGCUUCAUGUAGACCCUGAUGUUCCCCGAUCGCCUAUCAUUGCGCUGCUGACUGGCCAGCCGCGGAGCCUUGCAACGUAUUGCCAGCAGAGAGGACUCAUAGUUCGGCCUAUCGUGGCCCCUACAGUUCCCAAGGGGCGCGAAAGAGUGCGAGUGUGUCUGCAUGCCGCUAACUCACUGGCUCAGGUCACUGCACUGGCACAAGCUGUGGAGGAUUGGGUAUGGCAUCACAAAACCGCCGAAACGAUCCCCACCAAGACUCGACUAUAG